GCUUAUCUGUACAGUCUCAACAAGCUAUUAGAAAAAAAGCUGGAAGAUAAAUUUGGAAACGGUUGGCAAAGCAAUAACAUCUGGUAUGGUGUCUCUGUCGAUAAGAAUUUAUUAGAUAAUGUAUUCGGCUCAAAAAACAAAUUGGAAAAAUUAUUUUUUGCAAGUGGAAUACUACAGAAGGAAGAGGGUCUUCGAAAAGCAAGAUUCUGCACUCAUGGAGAGGAAAUUCUCCCAGCUAUUCAAAUAAAACUAGAAUAUUUGUGCUUCAAGAUCAAAUCAUACUUUGUUGUCGCACAAAUAUUCCCAAAGCAUGUUCAACUUACGCUGCAUCAAGUUGUCAAACUCGCAUUAUCUGGAGAAAAUGCGGCUACCAUCAUUAUCCAAGAUGAAAUCAUACAUAUUAAUGAUGUAUUUGACACCAAAGCAUAACAAACAACAUAAUAUUGACUCUUUUCAAACAUACAAUAAUAUCAGCGAAAAUUUUAAACGAUGUGUGGUCGAACUCAUGACAAUGAACAACGAGAGUAUAGACAUGGGUUCCAGUAUAAAGUUCCAAAUCAGCGAUGGAUGUGAUUGUGGUGUCGUUAUUUUUUUUCGUAAUCUCAUAGAAGCAGAUCUGAAACCAGCUUUAAAAGACAUAUCAACAAUAAUAGCAGCUUCUUUGACAAACAAAAAGCUAUUUGGAGAUUAUGAAGUAGAUUAUAUUUUUACUUUAGGGAACCCAUUUAAUCUGCCUCAAGAGUCACUGAGCUGUACAACAUACACGAUGUUACUGCAAGAAGUAAUUGAUGCCAGCCUACAGUCUAAAGAGAAAGAUACACAGGCAUUUGUAUUAGGAGAAACAAUUUUGCAGUUAUUAGAGCCAAUUACUUGCAUCAAGCCAUAUAUUUACGAAAGGUUUGUUACUGGGACGUUGUGUCAAGUAUCAAGCGAGACAUAUGCUGUGCGGUUAAGGCAUAAUACAUUUGAGGACAAAAAACCCUACAACGUUGAUAUCAAUAAUACUAUAUGGGGAGACGAUAGCUACUUUGUUUUUAUACAGAAAGGGAAACCAAUUCCAACGAAAAGAUUUCUGAUAAAAUUUAAUGAACGGCGCGAAAAAUCGGUGAUGGCUGAGAUUCUCAAAUUAAGUCAUUCAAGUAGUAUCAUACUGACAAAUUGUGCUCUAUUAGACCAAUACUCUGAAGGCUCAAAGUAUUUGUUACAUCCCGGUUUUAGAGAACGUCCAAUCUCAAUGAUGAUUUUAGAGUGUAAAUAUAUUAACAGUACUUAUUCUCUUAAAGUGUCAGUAAGAGUAUUGACUGCCAAUCGGUUAACUGGCCCAGACUUUAAAAAUUUCGGAGAGCCAUUGACUCUCGCUUAUAUUUGAACGACAGUUUUUUUUUAAAACCUGCGUCCAGAACCACCUUAUUAAAAAUGCUGUUAAAGAUGAUCUCUUACGGC